CUCUCCUUUCACGUCAAACAAAUUAGAGGCAAAUCCACUUGGUCAGGUGUUUUGACAGGGACACUCAUUCAAAUAGUGAAAGCGAGAGAGAGAUUGCUGCAGGGACACAUGCGAUAAGAUCAACGCAAGAAUUCCUUCAUAUCACCUUUCAAGGAUUAUCAGCUUUCCUGCCAUCUAUCCCUGUCUCCAUUGGUGACAGUGCCUAACAACCAUCACCAUGGGUGAAAUCGAGGAAUUGCGAAAGGAGGCAGACAGUCUCAAAGACCAGAUCACUGCAGCUCGUAAGGCAGUGCAGGACACCACACUGCAAGAAGCAGUAGCUUCGAUCACUGUGGUGGGCCGUGUCCAGAUGAAGACCAGGAAAACACUAAGGGGUCACCUUGCCAAGAUCUACGCUAUGCACUGGGGUGCUGAUGCCAACAACAAGCUGUGUGUCAGUGCCUCACAAGAUGGAAAACUCAUAGUGUGGGACAGCAUUACAACCAACAAGGUGAAUGCCAUCCCUCUCAAGUCAUCAUGGGUGAUGACUUGUGCCUAUGCACCUUCAGGGAACCUAGUGGCUUGUGGCGGUCUGGACAACAUGUGCUCCAUCUACAACCUCAAGGGCAAGGACGGGAACGUCAAGGUCAUGCGUGAGCUGGCGGCACACACAGGUUACCUCUCCUGCUGUCGUUUCCUCAGUGACAGUGAGAUCAUCACCAGCUCUGGAGACUGCACUUGUGUACUAUGGGACAUUGAGACAGGGACCCAAAAGACCAUCUUUGCAGGACACCAGGGAGACUGCAUGUCCCUGGCCGUCUCCCCAGACUUCAACUUUUUCAUCUCAGGGGCCUGUGACUUCACGGCCAAGCUGUGGGACAUCAGGGAGGGCCAAUGCAGACAGACCUUUGGAGGCCAUGAGAGUGACAUCAAUGCGAUUGGGUUCUUCCCCAAUGGUAACGCAGUGAUAACAGGGUCCGAUGAUGCCACCUGUAAGCUUUACGACCUGCGAGCCGACCAGGAGCUCAUCACCUACCAGGACUCCGGCAUCAUGUGCGGGGUGACCUCACUGGCUCCGUCCUUUUCUGGACGCCUGUUACUGGCUGGUUACGACGAUUUCAACGUCAACAUCUGGGAUGCGCUUAAAGCUGAGAGAGUGGGGGUGCUGGCUGGUCACGACAACAGGGUGAGCUGUAUCGGAGUGUCUGCAGACGGCAUGGCCUGUUGCACAGGAUCCUGGGAUAGCUUCCUCAAGAUAUGGAACUGAGCCUGUUCCUCACCAGCAAGCAGAAAGAGAGCAGUUAACAUCUAUCUGGGAGAAAGUGAAGAAGAUUUAAAAAAAGAAAAGAAAUUGGAGUUUGAGGGAGGGAUGAGGGACGAGAAGAGGGUAUUAUAAUUGUGCCAAGUCCUAUCUAAUGUCAGAGAGGGGUUGUAAUGUGAAGAAUUUCUCCUCUCUCUGCCACAUCAUGCUCUCAUCUUUCUUCUCACAUUAUGGGGGAAUUUGGGGUGGGACAAAGGGGUGGGAGUCUCCGAAAAGAUCAUUCCUCUUAAUAGAUUAUUAUAUUGCGGUUCAAAUCGAUAACAUAUGCACAUUUAAUCGCAGCAAUUCAGAGAUCACCCAAUGAGAACAGUUGCCAAAUGGAAAUGGUAGCACACUGGAUAAGAUAGAAAUGAGAAUGUGUCAAGUUACAGCCUGUGUAGGUUCACACUAGCUAUACUAAUAUGUUGUGUUUUAUAUCAAAGCACAAGUUAUGUCAUAUGAGUAAUAUGAGAAUUUGCGUUUUUGUUUGAGACUGUCGUUUGUUCUUAGUUUUGGUAGAUUCCCUAAUGCUUACAUUUACUUUCUUUUUAUUUUCUAAUUUUAACUAAAAUCGAGUUAGUUCGCAGACGUCUACAUUAGUAUUUGAGUUGUUUUUUUUAUGUGAUUGAUGGACAAUAGGAUUUGGGGUCUCAUCAUUUGCCCUAUAACCCUUCAACGCCAGUAGCUAGACCUAAAAAGUGCUUUGGGUAAACUGUUGAACUGACAGAUGGGAUAAUGAAAUGGUUCACUAAGCACUUACAAAAAAAAAAAAAAAGAUAGAUGACCUAUUUGUCUCAGGACAGGAGGACUUUUUGUAUGAGUGGAUGAGAUAAAGUCUAUUGUGCAUAUAUGAGCAAUACUUCUGAAUCUGUAUAUGACUGCUUUCCUUUUCCUCUGCGGUGGUACAAGAUAAACUUGAAGGACAGUUUGUGUACAUACAGAAAAAAAGGACCUCUGAGUUCUGACUCUUUUCCAAUACUGGAUACAUACAAUGUUCAAAAUACAGCAAUACUACCUUUCUUAAAGACUGUCUAAUAAACAUGGGAUUCUGCUUUAA